AGAUUUCGGCCAGGAAGUAGCCACUUGCUUUGGGCCAAAACUAGUGGCUGCUCCCCACAGCACACAGCACACACCUGAGCUCUCUGCUGGGUGCAUAGCACUUGAACUUUUUUUUUUUGUUGUUGCAAACAUGUCCGUGUCACGGCUCAUCAUGCUCGCCGUUCUCGCCGUGGUUAGCGUGUGCGCCGCUCCCCGUGCGCUCGCGGCGCGAGAGCUGGCCGCCGGGGAGGACGACGCCGCCGCCGCGAUGGCGCUGCGGCACGAGGCGUGGAUGGCGGAGCACGGGCGCGCGUACAAGGACGAGGCGGAGAAGGCGCGGCGGCUGGAGAUCUUCCGUGCCAACGCGAGGCUGAUCGACUCGCUCAACGCCGCGGGGAAGCACGGCCACCGGCUGGCCACCAACAGGUUCGCCGACCUCACCGACGAGGAGUUCCGGGCCGCCAGGACCGGGUACCGGCGCCCGGCUGCGCCGGCCGCCGGGAGCCACGGCGGCGGCCGGUUCAGGUACGAGAACGUCAGCCUGGCCGACGCGCCGCAGAGCGUGGACUGGCGGGCCAUGGGCGCCGUCACCGGCGUCAAGGACCAAGGAGAUUGCGGUUGUUGCUGGGCGUUCUCGGCGGUGGCGGCGGUGGAAGGGCUGAACAAGAUCCGGACGGGCCGUCUGGUGUCGCUGUCGGAGCAGGAGCUGGUGGACUGCGACGUCGACGGCGAGGACCAGGGCUGCGAGGGCGGCCUCAUGGACGACGCCUUCCAGUUCAUCGCGCGCCGCGGCGGGCUGGCCUCCGAGUCGGGGUACCCGUACGACGGCGACGACGGGCCCUGCCGCUCCGCCGCCGCCGCGGCGCGCGCCGCGUCCAUCCGGGGCCACGAGGACGUGCCGCGCGAGAGCGAGGCCGCGCUGGCCGCGGCCGUGGCGCGCCAGCCGGUGUCCGUGGCCAUCAACGGCGCGGACCCGGCCUUCCGGUUCUACGGCGGCGGCGUCCUGUCCGGGGCCUGCGGCACGGAGCUGAACCACGCCGUCACGGCCGUCGGGUACGGCACCGCCGGCGACGGCACCCGGUACUGGGUGAUGAAGAACUCGUGGGGCGCGUCGUGGGGCGAGGGCGGCUACGUCCGGAUCCGCCGCGGCGACCGCGGGCCGGGCGUCUGCGGCCUCGCCAAGCUGCCGUCCUACCCCGUCUAGCUAUGCUAUAUCCACCGUACGUGCCAAUCGCAUCGAGAUCAGCGAUCGCAGCCUAUAGUAUUGUACUGUACGUGUGGGUGAUGUUCCAUCGAAUCCAAGCGAUGCACGACGACACGUCAGAGUGCAUGGCAGGUUCGACUAGUUUGUGAUUUACAUUAAUGUCCUGAAUUACUCCAAUUGUUAAGGUGUGGCUGUAUGAGCUACACUAAUAGCAUGAAUGCUGUGUGCAGAUGGUCUCUGUCACGACCAGAUGCAAGCCAUUCACUCCUGUAACAGUAAGAAUGCUCGGGGGGUUGUACCUGCACCUUAUGUGGUGAUGGUGGCCACACGUGUACAGAUUGCCAGAUUGGCUUUCAAACCAGUUAAAUGUAUACAUGGAUACAUAUAAAAUCGUGUGUAGUUUUGGUGUAAUACUUUGUAACUACGUUAGUGUUUGCAGUUGACAUAGAUUGCUGAAAACAUGGAA